CGCAGCGGCGGCGGCUCUGACCGAUACGCAAUUGUCAGUGCCGCGCCGACCGCCGCGCCGAGUGAACGUUAAGGGAGCGUCGCUUUUGCGCGCAUCGCGAGAGUACGAGGCCGCGCCGCGCUCUCAAAUCGGAGGCCGCCGAAUUCGGGGAACGGCAGCUGCGGCAGAUCCUUUCUCUCGUCCGAGCGACGUCGUGGUUCUUUGAUGCGAGUGACAGCGGGCCAAAGUGCUCCGAGGAAACGGAGACGUCUGAUAAAACGAAAAGAGAGGAGCGUUUGAAGCGCGUAGUGGCGAAAUCAACGGCACGCGCACGCGGACGAGUGCGCGAUCUUUGACACCCGCCAGUGGACAGUUCGAGGCCUCGCGGGCUCGCACACGCGCUACGAUUUUUGAAUAAAGUGCGGAAGAGGCGGUCGAGCGCACGCCACGCGAGGUUCGGCGGAUGCGAGUUCGGCCAGGUGAUCAAUGCAAAAACGCGGCCUUGCCCGUAUAUCACCGAUGCCGCCGCGUCGCGGCUUGCCUUCGCACCCACGGUAGCGAGUCACGGCGACGAGAUCUAGGAUCGGAGCGAGCGGCACGCGUAAUCGGCGCGCAAGUGGGAUGCAGCGAUUUUAAUUCCCGCGCGUGAGAGAGCGCCGUGCACCGAUCUACGUCGCGGCUGCGCUUGGAGAGGCGCAAGGGCGCCUCUUGAGACCGAUUCCCGUUCGACCAAGAUGAGAAGGUCAUGAUGCUGAGACCCGGAUCCGUGCUGGGCCUGCUGGCCCUCGUGGCCGCGCUGAGGAUCGCGGACUCGAAUCGCUGUCUGACAAUGCUCGAAGAGGUCAAUCCAAAGAGAGUGAUCCAUCACGAGGGUUAUUUCAUGAACAUUCAGUUCGAGGUGUCGAGAAGAGUGACGCAGAGGCUGGCGUCGGAGAUCAUGAAGAUCUUCCUGACCGAAGUGUUGGGCUACACCGGAGUCACCAUAGUCGAGAAGGAUGACAAUUUCAAUGUGUCCGAGGUCUUCGGGAGAUUAUCCGAAAGGCCAGGGUACACCGAGUACAAAAUAUUUCCAGAAACGAUGGUGAACAUGGAAGUGUGGAUUCCGCCGCAGCAGGACACGUCGCCGCUGUUGAACAAAUACGACGUGAAGGAAUGCGGCUCGAUAGCGCCACCGGGUCACUUCGGCUGGUUCGUCCCGGAAGCAUUGGCCAGGCCCGAUGAUAGUUGGCUGAUCUUCUCCAAGCUGGUGACCGCGAGCAGAUUCGCCGUCGACGAGGCGUAUCUGCCGAUCGUGAAAAAGUUCAUGAUGAAAGCGAACACGGGGGAAUACUACUGCCACGAGGCCUUUUGCCAGCACGGGAUGUACAUCCCGGAGCAAUGUCACGGCCAAGGCCAACAAAGGCCGCCGAGCUGCGCGCUGCUGCUAGCCGAAUACUCUGAUGUAACUCAUUUCGUAAAAGAGCACAUCGAUCAGAUGAAGCUCUACGUCAAGGUGGCGUGGGUGGGCCCGAAUCUCAGGCAUCUGACCAAGUACUUGACCAGGGAGUACAUGCAACUCGCGCAGAACUCGUCGGCUUCGGCCGAAAACAGAUCGCUGGUGAUCCUGCACUAUACGCCCAGCACUGUGGUCCCGAAUGAAAGGGAAUUUACAACGCUCGAUUUUCCACGUUGCGGAACGAAGAAAAAUUCGAUCGGCUGCGCGUAUGAGUCCAACAGAUUAACGAAGCUGGUGUGGAGCAGGUUGGAGGCGAUCGCGAAGAUCGCCUUCCAGGCGAUAAAUCGCGCCAAGUUUAAUCGCGAGAUGUACGAGGACUUGAUCACACGUCGUGUACGAGCGUUGGCGAAUGUCACGGACGAGGAGAUCGCCUGCGAUUGGUUGAAGGAUAAUCUCAACUAUACCCUAACGGAAUGGAAGCCCAGCAACGAUGACAAGAACACCCUUUUCGUGGGCGGCAUAUUUCCUAUGAGCGGCAACUCCUACAUGGCCAAGUCAAUUGUGAUCGCCGCUAAGAUGGCGAAAGAGGUCAUCAACGUUAACAAUACCCUGCUGAGAGAUUAUAACUUGACUCUGUUGGCCAGCGACGGCCAGUGCAAGUCGGACAUGGUGAUGAAGUCCUUCAUCGACUACAUCAUACAUAAUUAUUAUCAGAAGCUGGUUGGCGUCUUGGGGCCGGCCUGCUCGGAAACCGUGGAGCCGUUGGUCGGUGUGUCGAAACAUUACCGAACGGUCAUCAUCAGCUACAGCGCCGAGGGAUCCAGCUUCGACGAUCGCACCAAAUAUCCCUAUUUCUUCAGGACCAUUGGCGAGAACAAGCAGUACAAACACGUCUAUGUGCAGCUCCUGCAGAGGCUAGGUUGGCGUCGAGUGGCCUCACUGACGGAGGAUGGACAAAAGUACACAGAGUACAUAUCGUACAUGCAGGACAUGCUCAGGGACAACAGCAUCGACUUCGUGGCGAACGUCAAAUUUCCAAGGGAGAGAGAAACUGACAUGAUGACGAAAUAUUUGCAAGGAUUGAAAGAAAAACGAGCGAGAAUUAUUAUCGCAGACGUGUACGGCGAGGUAGCUCGGCAAGUUAUGUGCGAGGCAUAUAAACUAGAGAUGACAGCUGUCCAGGGUUACGUCUGGUUCCUGCCGCUUUGGCUGCGGCCGCAAUGGUACGAUACGGAUUACUAUAAUCAGAAAGACGAGCAGGUACCUUGCACCACGAGCGAAAUGAUGAAGGCCAUAAACGGACACCUCGGCCUGUCGCACGCGUACUUCGCUCGGGACGACGAUAUAAUGCAGGAAGGAAUCACUGUGCGUGAGUGGCGCGAACGUUACGAGAACAUCUGCCGAGCGCAGAAUCAGCAACCCUCCAACUACGCCGGUUACGCCUACGACGCCAUGUGGACUUACGCUUAUGCCAUAGAUCGACUCAUCCGUGAGAACCAGAGUUACGUUUUCGAUCUUCACAGCGACCAUACGGUCAAUCGUCUCACGCAUAUUAUCGGCGACACCGAUUUUUACGGGGUAUCCGGAAGAAUAAAAUUUCUAGGCGGGCCAUCGAGAUCCUCUGUUAUCAAUAUCGUCCAGUUCCUUGACAAUGAAACGCAUGUUGUUGGUAACUUUUAUCCGAAUAUCUCGGAAGCCAAGCAAGAAGUAAUCGGCGGCACUUUGGACUUGAAUAUUUCGGCUUUCGUUUGGUUAUCGGAGACGAUGCCCGAUGACGGUUCCGAGCCUCCGUCGAGAUGUGUACUAGGAGGAUUUGCGGAAUUGUUAGAUGCCUCUUGCGAAGUGGCGAUCGUAGUGGCUAAUGUUAUAGGCUUCAGCCUUCUCGGAGCAGUUUUGAUCGUCAGCUUUAUCUUCAUUAAACGAAAUUACGACAAAAAGAUGCAGAUCCACAAAAAGUACAUAGAGUCCCUGGGUAUCCUAUCAUCACAGAUGAAUUCUUCCACUUUGGACGUGUGGGAGAUUCCUCGAGAUAGAGUAGUGAUCAAUCGAAAACUCGGAGAGGGAGCCUUCGGUACCGUUUACGGCGGCGAAGCUUUCUUUCCCCAGAAGGGCUGGCUAGCUGUCGCCGUGAAGACCCUGAAAGUCGGCAGCUCGACCGACGAAAAACUCGAUUUUCUCAGCGAGGUCGAGGUCAUGAAGAAAUUCGAGCAUUCCAAUAUCAUCAAGCUAUUGGGUGUGUGCAUCAAGUGCGAACCUGUGUUGACCGUGAUGGAAUUUAUGCUCUAUGGCGAUUUAAAAACCUAUCUGUUGGCCAGAAGAAACCUAGUCAACGAUGGAACCUACGAAGAUUCCGAAGAGAUCUCGACUAAAAAGUUGACCGCCAUGGCGUUAGACGUCGCCAGAGCGCUCAGCUAUUUGGCGCAAUUAAAAUACGUUCACAGAGAUGUCGCCUCGCGCAAUUGUCUGGUGAACGCCCAGCGGGUGGUGAAACUCGGUGACUUCGGUAUGACGAGGCCAAUGUACGAAAAUGACUAUUACAAAUUCAAUCGGAAAGGCAUGCUACCGGUAAGAUGGAUGUCCCCGGAAUCUCUGGCACUGGGCAUUUUCACGCCAGCGUCUGACGUAUGGUCUUACGGCGUGCUGCUCUACGAGAUCGUCACGUUCGGCAGCUUCCCCUUUCAAGGGAUGAGCAAUAAUGAAGUGCUCACGCACGUCAAGGCUGGCAAUUGUCUCACCGCACCGACAAAAAUAAAACUGCAACUCGAGAAUUUAAUGUACUCCUGUUGGAACGUGGAUCAGACGAAGAGGCCGACGGCACCCGAGAUCGUUGAUUUCCUGGCGAUGAAUCCUCGCAUUAUCGCGCCUUGUCUGGAUGUGCCGCUGGCGAGCGUGCAAUUGGAGCACACCGCGCAACUCGAUAUACAGCUGACAGAUAACAGUCGGAAAUUUUCCAUGUUGUGGUCAUCGCAGCGUCCAUCUUCGCAAACACAAAGUCUGAAACUUCCAAACUCCCCGACGCCCCUUUUGCUGGACUUGAACGUGCAGGACGACGAUCAGACUUUGGAUUCCCUGAUCAGCCAGUCUUGCGAGCAGGACAGUUCUAGUCCUCUGCUAGAUUCCACGAGAGCCUCGGUCUUGAAGCAAGCGUGGCUUCACGGGAAUUCCAACGUCAAAGACAACGAGCCCCACAGGUACGUCAAUCUUCAACCGGGUAUGUUGAAAUUGUCUUGCGAGCCCGGCAGAAACGGUAGCGCAGGAAACAUACAGAUGGAAGAGAGAACGUCCAUGUUAUCCGAGAAGAAAAGCACCGAUGACGUGUCAGUGCUCUGACGCAAGUAGACAAUUUCAUGAAGAAAUUGGGAACUAGUCAGAUGCCUCGAGGUACGUUCAACUGAAGAGAAACGACUGUACAAGAUUCAAGUCAGAAUCCGCAAAGAUGGUGAGAGCAUUCCGAAUUGAAGCGAGGCAGUUAAUAUACGAUUUCAAGGUAUUCGCCUACGUCGAAUGUAAUCACCGGGGUCACGUCAAAGGAUUCUUGAAGCCGAGAGAGAAAUGGCUCUCUCUGACGUGGCAUUUUAAUUAACUAGCCAGAUAUUCCUCUAAAUUCUGUGAACGGUGGAGAAACUAAGUGGAUCUAACUGUAAUUUAACUCCACAGCGAAAACUUUUUCUCUUAUAAGAGAAUUCCUACUGCGUUUUGGACAUAGGGCGUCCUAAAAUGUAUACUGGUAGCGAAAUUCGGUCUCGAAUGAAUGAAAAAAUUCGACGAUGAAGCCUACAUAAAAUAUCCGUAAAAAUAUGAUGGAAUGUAAAUUAAAAUAGCAAGAUCUUGCUGAUAAUAUGCAUCGUUUUACGGGCACAUCGUAUGGUAAAUGCGCGCAUAAACUAUAAACGUAAAAUAAGUAUCUUUAGCAGCUCAAAACGAAAAUAUAAAAUUAAAAACAAAGCAUGUAUACCAACAUAUACAUGUCGCAAGGCAAAAGUAUCGAUCCAAGUAUCGAUAUAGUUGGUACAGAAAGCAUGUACACUUAUUCCUUGAUUUACGCGGUAUUUUUUACACGCGGCUGUCCCUCCCAAAGAAUCCUUUCGUUUACGCGGAAAACGAAACUAAAAUCAAGUAGGAGCAAACCAGAGAAGCAUGACCUUCCUAUUUACACAGUAUACAGACUUUUUGUGCCGGCACGCGGAGAGAAUUUUCUUUCAAAAUUUAUCCUGAAAAUAUUGUAAUCGUGGGACAACGCGGAAUUUCGAAGAAUUUUACGAGCUCUUUGAAAUUUUACCAGACAUUUCACUAGCAUUCUAC